AUGGAUCCUUCCAACAUUCUUGGUUUCCCACAACAUCAACUAGUUCAACUUCAAGACGAUUGUGCAAGACAAAUGGAGAAAAUUCGAGAACAUAGGGAUUUCUAUAUGGAGAAACUUGGCGACGCCGAGACUGUCAAUCAGGGACUUGAGAAGCGAAAUGUGAUACUGAUUGGACGACUCGAGAAGAUGAACAUAGCUAUGCAGGAACUCAUGGCGGAGAGGGAUUCCUAUAAGAUGGAGAUCCAAGUCAUCAAGGAGGAUGCGGAGAGAAUUCGGGAGCAUCAUGCCAAGGAGCUUAACGACAAGAACCGGAUGAUCCACAAUCAAGGCGUUUGUCUCAAUUCAGAAGUGCAAAAAUACGCAGAAAAGUUGACGGUGCUUCAGGAACAACAUGUCGAGCAGAUCGAAGACAAGGACUUGGAACUUCAAACGCUUCAGGGCAAAUUGGCGGCUGGCCAGGAGCAACAUGUCAAGGAGCUUAACGACAAGGACCUGAAAAUCCAAGAACUGGAGACCCGUCUAUCUGCGGCGAAGCAACAAACCACCGAUCAGCUUGUGGAGUUUACAAAUGAGAAGGACCGACUUUCUCUAGAUAUGCAGAAGCUUCAGGAGGAGUGUUUGAAGGCUGAGCGAGGUCUUCAAGAUGUAAGAGUGAUGUUGAAGGAAGUCCAGCGUCAGAAGGAGAAGGAGGCCACCUCUGAGCCAACUACUCAACUCCACAUUGAGCUCGGCAAGCUCUAUAUGGAACUCCAGGAAGCAAAGAAGCCACAGGAGGCUCGAUUGGCUGCUAAGAACAAGGGAAUCGAGUAUCUCACGGAGCAACACAAAGCAAAGCUGGCCGCUAAGGAUUCGGAAAUCCAAAGAUUGACGGAGAUUGUUAAGGAGGGAGAAGAGAAGAAUAAGAAUCGUGAAGAGAUGAUUACCAACCUUCGGAAGAUAAUGUUCGCCUUGGAAUAUGAGAAUACGGAGAUGAAGAAAAAGACGAAAAAGGGAGCAGCGCCAAGUGAUAGCAGAGCGGACUAG